AUGCUUCCAAAACGGAGUGAACCACGCAGUUCUGGUGCUGGGAUAUGCUGUCAGAGAGGACCUCUCCAGUCCGUUUAGCCUGCCUGCGCCUCUCUGGGUGAUCCGCAACUCAUGGGGCAGCGAGUGGGGGGCUGCAGGGCACAUGUACAUGGAUAUGCAGAGCGGGCCGGGCGUCUGUGGCAUCAACACACUGCCAGGCAUCUUCCCCAUCCUCCGAUCUACUGCUGACCCGUGUGGCAGCAAGUCAGUGAUGCUGGCGGGCUCGCAGGGAGUGGCAGGGAGCAACUCGUUCAACCCGUGUGGGCAGUUCAAGUGCUCCAAGGCCGGAGCAUCCAACCGCUGUGCCUGUGCUGCUCCCCACUUCGUCCAGGCCUCCCACCCCGACGGCUCCAACACCUGCGCCUAUUUGGACGCCUGUGGGCUGGCAGGCAGCAACCCGUGUGUGGUGGGCACGUGUGUGAACGACGGCAAGGGCAGCUACUCCUGUGACAGCAAGGGCAGCUACACAGUGCGUGGAAGCAGUGUGUGGUGCUCUCACUUGCUGCCCGUGCUUGGCCUCACUCUGGACGAACUCAAGCAGAAGAACAAGAUCUCCUGCUCCAAGCCCAUCCCAGUGGGGUUCAAGCUGAACAUCACGCCGACUCAGCUUCUUCCCACCUGCUCGCUCAUCUACACCACCCACCUUGGUGACAGCUGUGCAUCGAUAGCUGAGCUGUUUGGUCUGAGCGUGGGGUGCCCCGUGGAGGGCGAGGCAUGUGAGGAGGCGUUGGUGGGGCUCAACCCCGGGCUGGACUGUGCAGCACUCACGGGCAGGUUGGCCGUGUGUGUGGAGCGGGAGGAGAGCAAGGCGGGGAUGGUGGCAGUGUGUGACCAGCAGUAUGAAAUGGGGGGCGGUGAUGACUGCGAUGCUGCAAGAAUAGCCGUGAAUCCGCCUUUGAGCCCUCUAGAGUUCUAUCGCCUCAACCCAGGCAUCAACUGCAACAACCGCCUGCCGACUGCUACCUUCGAGGGCUUCUCACAGCGCAAGGUGCGGCAUUUGUGUGCUAAGAUGGAUGUGAUGCAGCUUCAGAUUGCACACGCUGUAUCUUUUUCAUCCCUGUAA